CUUCAGUGAAAGAAGAGGAGGAGAGAAAGAGAGAGAGAGAGAGAGAGAGAGAGAAGGGGGAGGGAGUGGAGUAUCAAUGACAUCAAGCAGCAGCAGCAGCAUCUGAGGCCGCCCGACGAAGCGAUGCGCGCUCCCCACAAAAAGGGCUGAGGAGCAGCCGUGACCCGCUCCCGGGAGGUCGGUCGGUCGGUCAGUCAGUCAGUCGUCAGGCGGGAAGAUGCAGCCCUCAUAGAGACAGGGGCGCUGGAUUACACUCACCCCCUGCGCCUGUUCGGGAGGCUUCCCUGCUGCAAGUACAUGAACCGAGCAAACCGGAGAGACGACGGAGCACUUUCUACCCAGAGUGCCUACCCCUGCUGAGUGAAGCCCGGCCUGCAUUUACUUCGGGUCUGACGACCCAACGCUGGUGCCAUGUCUCUGCCUGAGCACGGCAGACCUGUGGCCCGGUCCAGGCGGCCCUUCUUUGGGUUCUGCCUUUGCCAACCCCCCCUGUGUCUGCUGCUGCCUUUGAUCCUCCUGCUGACCAGACCUUGGAGCGGCAUGUGUGCAGCACUAGCUUCUCCGAGGUUUACCAAAAUUCCCACCGACCAGAUCGGAGUGUCCGGGGGUGUGGCAUCGUUUGUGUGUCAGGCCACUGGGAACCCGAAGCCUGUCGUCUACUGGAACAAGAAGGGCAAGAAGGUCAACUCCCAGCGCAUUGAGACGAUAGAGUUUGAUGAUGGUGCGGGCGCCGUGCUGAGGAUCCAGCCGCUCAGAGCUCCUCGAGACGAGAACGUCUACGAGUGUGUGGCACGCAACAGCGAAGGGGAGGUGUCUGUCACUUCCAAGCUGUCCAUCAUGAGAGAAGACACAUUGGAAGCUGGCUUUCCAAGUAUAGACAUGGGUCCUCAGCUGAAAGUGGUGGAGCGAACAAAGACGGCAACCAUGCUGUGCGCUGCCAGCGGCAACCCUGACCCAGAGAUCUCCUGGUUUAAAGACUUCCUGCCUGUUGACCCCAGCACAAGCCAGGGUCGCAUCAAGCAGCUUCGCUCAGGAGCUUUGCAGAUCGAGAACAGCGAUGAGACGGACCAAGGGAAGUACGAGUGCGUGGCCACCAACUCUAAAGGCGUGCGCUACUCCUCUCCUGCAAACCUUUACGUUCGAGAGCUUCGAGAAGGAGCGACAGACACAUACCUGCGUGGCCGUGGGGUCGCCCAUGCCUUACGUCAAGUGGAUGCUGGGAAACGAGGACCUGACCCCCGAGGAUGAAAUGCCCAUCGGACGCAAUGUCCUGGAGCUCAACGGCGUGCGAGAGUCCGCCAACUACACCUGUGUGGCCAUGAGCAGCCUGGGAAUCCUGGAGGCCACGGCUCAGGUGUUAGUCAAGACUUUACCAAAACCUCCUGGCACUCCCAUCGUCACGGAGACCACAGCCACCAGCAUCACCAUCACCUGGGAUUCUGGUAAUCCCGACCCAGUGUCGUACUACAUUAUUCAGUACCGAGCCAAGGGGCCGGACAGCAAAUACGAGACCGUGGACAGCAUCACCACCACCCGCUACAGCAUUGGGGGGCUCUACCCCAACACAGAGUACGAGAUACGAGUGUCCGCUUUCAACAGCAUCGGCCAGGGACCCCCAUCCACCCGCGUGGAGGCCCGCACUGGAGAACAAGCGCCCGCCAGCCCUCCACAGAGCGUCCAGGCUCACGUCAUUUCUGAGAACAGUGUGUUUAUCCGCUGGGAGGAGCCGGAGGAGCCAAAUGGGCAGGUGAAAGGUUACCGCGUGUACUACACUAUGGACCCAUCCCGGCCUAUAAACGAGUGGCAGAUCCAGAACGUCCAGGACAGCCUAAUCACCACCAUCCAGAACCUGGUAACCUCAGAGACCUACAUCGUCCAAGUCCUCGCCUUCACCUCAGUGGGGGACGGACCCUUCUCAACCCCGAUCCAAGUCAAAGUGUUGCAUGGAGUUCCAGGCCAGCCUGGCAAGUUUAGAGCCGGUAAAGUGACAGACACCAGUAUCGAGCUGACCUGGGAUCCUCCUUUCACUAAGGAGAAAAUAAUCAACUACGAGCUCCUCUACAAGCCUGUGAAGUUCGGAAGUCUGGAGAAACUGACCUUCACGCCAAGAACCUCCUACACCCUGGAAGGUCUGAAGGCAAACACUGAGUACUCCUUCUCUCUCGCCGCCAUCUCCAGCAAAGGCAUCGGAGCUUUCUCUAAUGAAAUGGUGCAGAGGACGACACAAGCCAAUGUGCCGAGGAAUUUUUCGGUCAAUCUGGCUACGAUGACCAGCGUUCUCCUCACCUGGGACUUUCCAGAAACCAGCAACCCGUACCGCUUCAUCGUGGAGUACAACCGUCAGAAGAUGGAGGUGGACGCUCGUCUGAAAAAGGCAGUCAUCCCCAACCUCCAGCCUGACACCAGCUACGACUUUAAAAUCACCGCUCCUGAGGGCAACAUGGGAGGCCUUCGCCACCGCAUUGUUGCUCAGACAUCCCCACCAAUCACCAUCCGCCGUCCUGAGAUUGACCACAGUCGUGACACAGAAACAACAAUCACUAUCAUUCUGCCGUCGCUGGAAACCAGAACUCCUGUCAAGAAUGUGUACGUUGUGGUGGUUCCUCUACGGCGAGCUCGAGGCGUCAUCAGACACCUGAAAAGUCCAGACGAAAUGGACCUGGAAGAUCUCCUGAAAGACAUCAGUCAGCGGCAGAGGGAUUCCAGGCAGCAGAAGCAGGUGGACCUGAAGCGGGCUUACAUCACGGCCCGUUUCACACCUGCCACCCUGCCGGCUUUCUUCACCCUGGGGGACCAGCUGGACUACGGAGGCUUUCAGAACCAAGCGCUGGAUCCGGGGCAGGAGUACGUCUUCUUCAUCCUGGCUGAGCUGAACUCCACAACAGGGAAAAUGUACGUGGCCAGCCCGUACACCAGCCCAGUGACGGCCCCGCACUCCGACCCCCAGCCCCUUGAUGCCGGCGACGGGCUGAUCUGGGUGGUGGGUCCCGUCCUGGCCGUGGUCUUCAUCAUCUGCAUCGUUAUUGCCAUCCUGCUCUACAAAAACAAACCUGACAGCAAGCGAAAGGACUCUGAGCCCGGAACCAAGAGCCUUUUGAGCAAUGCAGAAAUGAUGGCCCAUCACCCAACCGACCCCGUGGCGAUGAGACGCAUCAAUUUCCAGACUCCCGGGAUGAUGAGCCACCCUCCCAUCCCCGUCGGCGAGCUGGCAGAGCACAUUGAGCUGCUGAAAGCCAACGACAACUUGAGGCUCUCUCAAGAGUACGAGUCAAUCGACCCUGGUCAGCAGUUCACCUGGGAGCACUCAAACUUGGAGGUUAACAAAACCAAGAAUCGCUAUGCAAAUGUCAUAGCGUACGACCACACCAGAGUCAUCCUGUCGCCCAUAGAAGGCAUCCUGGGAAGUGACUACAUCAAUGCCAACUACAUUGAUGGCUACAGAAAGCAAAAUGCUUACAUCGCUACCCAGGGCCCGCUGUCGGAGACGUUCGGGGAUUUCUGGAGGAUGGUGUGGGAGCAGCGCACGGCCUCAGUCGUCAUGAUGACGCGCCUGGAGGAGAAGUCCCGGAUAAAGUGUGAUCAGUACUGGCCGAGUCGCGGCACAGAGACUUACGGCAUGAUCCAAGUCACGCUCCUGGACACAAUGGAGCUCGCCACCUUCUGCGUACGCACCUUUUCCCUGCAUAAGAACGGGAACAGUGAGAGGAGAGAGGUGCGUCAGUUCCAGUUUACAGCCUGGCCCGACCACGGGGUGCCAGAGUAUCCCACCCCCUUCCUCAACUUCCUCCGCAGGGUCAAAGCCUGCAACCCUCCGGAUGCUGGCCCCAUCAUUGCUCACUGCAGCGCUGGUGUUGGUCGCACUGGCUGCUUUAUCGUCAUCGAUGCCAUGCUGGAGCGCAUUCGACAUGAGCGCACCGUGGACAUCUACGGUCACGUGACGCUGAUGCGCUCGCAGAGAAACUACAUGGUGCAAACAGAGGACCAGUACAGCUUCAUCCACGAGGCCCUGCUGGAGGCUGUGGCCUGCGGGAUCACCGAGGUGGCGGCCCGCAGCCUGUACUCCUACAUGCAGAAGCUGUCCAAGGUGGAGCCUGGAGAGCACGUCACAGGCAUGGAGCUGGAGUUUAAGCGCCUGGCAAACACCAAAGCCCACACAUCCCGGUUUGUCACAGCCAACCUGCCCUGCAACAAAUUCAAAAACAGACUGGUGAACAUAAUGCCCUAUGAAACCACCCGCGUCUGCCUACAGCCUAUCCGAGGUCUGGAGGGCUCCGACUACAUCAACUCCAGUUACAUAGAUGGAUACAGGCAACAGCGAGGCUACAUCGCCACCCAGGGUCCUCUGGCCGAGACCACGGAGGACUUCUGGAGGAUGCUGUGGGAGCACAACUCCACCAUCGUGGUCAUGCUGACCAAGCUGAGAGAAAUGGGACGGGAAAAGUGUCACCAGUACUGGCCUGCCGAGCGCUCAGCCAGGUACCAGUACUUUGUCGUCGACCCGAUGGCGGAGUACAACAUGCCUCAGUACAUCCUCAGAGAGUUCAAAGUUACAGAUGCUAGGGACGGCCAGUCGAGGACGGUGCGUCAGUUCCAAUUCACCGAUUGGCCAGAGCAAGGGGUGCCAAAAUCCGGGGAGGGCUUCAUCGACUUCAUCGGCCAAGUUCAUAAGACUAAGGAGCAGUUUGGCCAGGAUGGACCAAUCACAGUUCACUGCAGCGCUGGCGUGGGGCGGACAGGUGUCUUCAUCACUCUGAGUAUUGUCCUGGAGAGGAUGCGCUAUGAGGGAGCAGUGGACAUCUUCCAAACUGUCAAAAUGCUGCGGACACAAAGACCAGCCAUGGUGCAGACGGAGGAUGAGUACCAGUUCUGCUACCAGGCUGCUCUGGAAUAUCUGGGUAGCUUCGACCACUAUGCAACAUAAGAGCAGAGACAGCCGUCCAUCCAUCUUUCACUUUGACGUCCACGAAAACAAUCCAACACAUGAACAACAGAGAGAGGCCAGUCUGGCACAGCGUUGAACCUUUUGCAGAGUCCAGAUUUAAAGACCAAUUUUUCAAGAAGAAGAAGAAGAAUGCUCAUCAGUAGUUCCCCUGCUGGGUGUGGAGAUUAUUCAUGUGUAAUCCAUAUACUUACCUCAGUGUUCCAGUGUGAAGGACAUAUAAUACAUGUGUGUUGUGGUCAGCUAUCUCCAAUAUGAACCAGUAACAUACAAAUGGCUUCUGAACAGGAGUUGUGAUACUCUGUGUGUAUAAUAAAAUACAAAAAGAUUUAAGAGAAGAAAAAAAAACACAAGCCUGGAUAUUUGCUGCACCCUAAAUGGGCUUUUUAUCUUCAACUUUGUAUCUAUUGGUUUAAUGUUCUAAAGGAGUUACAAAGUGAACAUUUCUAUGUAUCUGUGAGUCUAUUUGCGAGGCAUCUACUGCCACCACAGGUAGUUCUGACGACAGUCUGAAGCACAUGGCCGGGUUCUGCAUGAGCAGAAGCUGGGGUCUGGACUCAUCACCCUGAGGACUGCAGAAGAAGCAUGUGGAUGCUCAUUUACUCCAUGCACAGUGCCAAGAGAAACCAUGCCGCACGAACAUGAACUGUGGCCUAUAAGGAGACGUGGCUCCUUUUGUCAUAACAUGAAGUCAUAUCGCUCUGGAAGAUUUAAAAAAACAAAAAGAAACGGUCAGCUCUCUGCCCCUGGUCUUGUUCUCAGAACAGCGAUUAAAGUCCUCGGUAUCUUUAACUGGGCUGGGAUUUGUAGUCCAGUGCAUUUGCCACUUAACAAUGCCUGCUUGCUACUUGCUAUUGUUGUUGUUCAUCCUCCGGCUCUGCUCCUUAUUUGAUGUCAAUCCCCCGUGUCACUCGAGCAGUGGCUUAUUGAACAAGAUGCUAAGGAAAGAACUGAGCUCAAGUUAGUUUAUUUUCAGGGUUUUUUUGCUGAUUUUUUUCAUGCUUUAAAUGUAUUUUGUUGCCUUUUUUUAACAUGCUGCUUAAGAUUUGUGCAUUGUGUACUAAGCUUUUAUAAUUGUUUUUUUCUCCUCAGAAGUCUCCCUACUUGAACUGCAUUGCUUUGUAUUUAAGUCCACCGUGUUUGUUUUCAUAAUUAAGGAAAUUAGGAAUUUUAUUUUUUAUUUUUUGGACUCCAUCUGCAUUCUAACUUCAAUCACACCCUGAUGUGUUAUCAUGACUGGUCCCGUGUGGUGAUUAAACAGCACAGUGUGUCUGAAACUUUGAGCAAACUCACUGAUUUUUGUACAUACAGUCUUCUCAUUGGAGUCCUUUACAGUACAGUUACAUGUCACACAAAUAUAAUGUAGGGGUUGGAUGUGAUGUAGUACUUAAUGUCGCAAAAAAGCCUUAUUGUUAUCGUUCACUCUGUCAUGUUUAUUUGGAAUCCGUUUCAGUUACAUCUGUUCAUUUUUUUACAUUAUUUGGGGAUUUCCAGCAGUUAUAACCAAUACGAUAUUGUUGUCUUUGACGAGCCAACGUUGAAGUAUGAUAUUGUCACUGUUUAUUUUAUAAUGGUCCGUUUUGGUGCUUUUUUUAUUAUUAUUUUUAUUAUUUGCUUUGUUAUGAUGAAGUAUACCCUCUGUGCAGGGUGCUAUUUGAUACUGAGUACUGAUGUCUGAUUAGUUAGCUAGAGAUGUACACUAGAGGCAGUUUAAGUUACCAGUGACGCCCUUUUGAUACCCUCGAUCUACAUCACACACAGCAAGGGGAUCAUAGAAGCAGAGGCAUGGUCCCAGCCCGGGGGGGAGUUUAAAAAGCAUCAGAGUUGUUAUAGAUAUAUAGCGCCGGCUUAUCAGUGGAAAACUCCUGACUGGCCGUGGAUGUUUAGUUUGCUUAAAGGCACAUGGUAGCAAGUGUAUUUUUGACCAAAUUAGGUAAGAGUUGCCUAGCUACACACGUUGCACACCCUGAGAAAGUUAUGGUUUGAAUUUGAAAUUAUUCUCUUAUGAACUCUAUGUGUGGUCCAGAAGUCUUGACGAUGUUUGACAUAUAUGAAAUAUGUUAUUCCUUUGAUUUCUAAUGAUUAUUGUGUCAAGAGAAAUAUAACAAGCACACUCGUAACCUACUAUGAAACGUGUUGAGGGCCAGCUCUGAUGACGCCAUCCCCCUCACUUAUGUACUUGUUCUUUCCUUUCAGACCAUAGAUGUAGAUAUUGUACCUUGACUUUGUAUUAAAAGCAGGAUGAUUGGAUAUACAGCA